GGGCCGCGGCCAGAGACGGGGGAGAAGGCGGGCGAGGAGGCCGAGCGGCGGCAUGGCGGCGGGCGAGAAUGACGCGUAUGCGGCCUUCGUGGCUUUGCACGGGCCCGCGCUCAGCGCCUCCGCGGUGCCCCAGCGCUACUGGCCCAGCCUGUGGCGAAAGCUGGAGAACGAGGUCUUCGAUGCUGGUGAAUAUUUUGGGAUAAUGCAGGUGGAGGAAGCAGAUGAACAAAGAGGUAACGAAGAAACGGAGGAACGGAAAAGGAAAUGCAAUCUUGGUAAUGAACUUUGCUACAAAGUGAUAGUCACAAAUGAAAAUGGCCUUCAGGCAUCAAGUUGUGAUAGCAUUUUUCUUGUUGAUCAUGCCUGGACGUACCGUGUGGAACAUGCCCGCCAACAGCUGAUGCAGGUUCCUGGCCUGCUUCACAGAAUGGCCAACUUGAUGGGAAUAGACUUCCAUGGAGAGGUUCCAGACGAGGCAGUGCUCAACCAAGUGUUAGAAGAAAUGUGGAGAUACAACCAGACCUAUCAGCUCUCGUGUGGGACAGCUGAGGAGAAAGUCCCAGUUUGGUACAUUAUGGAUGAAUUUGGAUCCCGUAUCCAGCAUUCAGACAAGCCCACUUUUGCAACAGCACCUUUGUUUUACAUGCCACAACAAAUUGCUUUUACUAUUCUCUGGCCCUUAAGAGACCUUGAGAAUGGUGAAGAAGUCACCCGGGAUUACGCCUAUGGGGAAACUGACAGUUUAAUGAGAAAAUGUCGGCUGCUGCCAUGGAAAUCCAGUGAGCUGCUCAAUAUCAGCUGUUUUAUCACUGAACCCUCAGAUGAUCACUAUCAGGCUAUAUUAACUGAAAACAAAGAAAAACUGCCUACUUCAAUAAAGCUUCCCAUUUAUGAGAAGAACAAAAUCUUCAAAGUUUACACCGAUCUCCAGCAGGUGCGUCAUUUCCUGAGUCACCCCCGUUUUGAGUUUACGGACUUGGAGCAAGAGGCUGAUAUUCUCUACAUCUUCUCCCACUUCAAAGAUUACAGAAAACUAAGUGAAGAAAAACCUCACGUGAUGGUGAAUCAGUUUCCGUGUGAAAAUCUCCUCACGGUGAAGGACUGCCUGGCCUCCAUUUCAAGAAGAGUUGGGGAUUCGGAGGGGCCAAAAUGGCUGCCUCAUACUUUCAAUCUUUGUACAGAACUGCCACAGUUCAUCAGUUUCUUUCAGCAGUGUGAAAGCAGAGGAAAAGACAACCAUUGGAUCUGCAAACCGUGGAAUCUGGCCAGAGGUCUGGACACUCACAUCACCAAGAAUCUUAACAACAUCAUCAGACAGAGAGAGAGCAUCCCUAAGGUAGUGUCUAAAUAUAUUGAAAAUCCGGUUUUGUUUCAUCUUGAAGAUGUGGGACUGGUUAAAUUUGACGUUCGCUAUAUCGUGCUGCUGAGAUCAGUUAACCCACUCAAACUGUAUGUUUACGAUGUGUUUUGGCUCCGGUUCUCAAAUAGGCCAUUUUCACUUGACGAUUUAGACGAUUAUGAGAAGCAUUUUACUGUUAUGAAUUAUGCCCCUGAGAUACCUUUAAAGCAAAUCCAUUAUAAUGAAUUUAUUCCUCUUUUUGAGAAGCAGUACUCAGAAUAUUCUUGGAAAACUGUUGAAGAAGACAUUUUUAAGGCAUUUGUUGAGUUAUUCCAAGCAGCUUGCGCCAAGCCGGCACCCCUUGGCAUCUGUGAUUAUCCGUCUUCACGAGCUGUCUAUGCCAUUGACCUGAUGCUGAAAUGGGAAUCAUCUGGUAACGGGAAGCAACAUAUGCAACCCCAGAUACUAGAGGUGAAUUUCAACCCCGAUUGUGACAGAGCAUGCAAAUACCAUCCUUCAUUCUUCAACGAUGUUUUCUCUACUCUGUUUUUGGAUGAGCCCAACAACUGCCACGUGACUUCUAUUGUUUAGGUCCACCUAGCAUAAUUUGGUAGUUAAGAAUGGUAUAUUUCAGUUCUAUGAGCUGCUUGUGCAAAUAUUUUUUUCCUAUACUUUCGGCCAGAACAAAAUGUCCCUUGUGUCAUAUAGAAAAUAUGCGUAAUUUAGAUGCAAGAAGUAGUUUGCUGUUGAAAAUAUUCGCAUCAGUCCGCUUAAUUUGUCAAUUUCGCAAAGGAUGCUUUUAUAUACGUAUAUUGAAGAUCACUGAAGUUUAGUUGCAAACUGAUUUCAUUUUAUUUUUUUUUGCUAUAAUUAGCGCGUUUUUAUUUUUCUUUUCCUGUGGAAGUAUAUAUGUACAGCGUUUUUCAGCUUCUUUACUUUCUUACUGCAUUUGAUGUAAUUGAAGCUAUUAUUUUAUCCAAUGGAAUUAUGUUCUCACCUACUUCCUUUAAGAUGCUUUGCUUAAAUAAUAAUAAUAAUAUGAAACAAUCAUCUCAAAAGCUUCAGCUGGCUCACAUGACCAAUGAUAUUUCAAUUUUUUAAAAAUAAAGGAUUACCAGCAAAGUAUGAA